CCCAACACUGGCGAGCUUGCAACCAGGUCAUGUUUCCCCGUUCUCCGAGGCCCACGCAUCCGACGACCUUGGAGUCGCUCCUCCUCGCUUCAACUCGCUCGUCAUUCGGGCUGCAGCUGCUCGCGCUGGCGCUGUGAGCUCUAUGGUGUCCAUGAUGCCCAUGAUGCCCAUGCCUCGGUACCCCCUGCGCCCGGCCGACCCGGUCAGCCGCCGGAACCGCCUUCCGGAGCUCGCGGACGCCGGCUAUGUCAGCGAGGUCUUCGGGUGGCCCGACGGUACGACCGAGGCAGACAUCGAAGAGGAGUUGAUGGCAAAAGCAGCCAAGCUGGGGAUUACGCUGCCAGAACACGCGAAACGAAGCAAUGCUCACGACCGGACGGCAUCCGCUGCCGAUUCGCCUAUCCGCGCGGGGUCCCCGGGCUCCCCGGGGUCGGACGGUAUCGCUGAUGCGGCGGCGAUGACAUCACAGACAUCGGACCACGCGACCCCCACCCACGAACCCUCGUCCGAACCGACGGGCAGGAGGAGAUCAAGGAGUCUCAAUUUUUCGCAGUACGACAAGUACAUCAGCCAGCUGAAUGCGGCCCUCGGGCAGGCCAAGUUCCCCCAGCCCCACGACGGAUAUACCGGGGUCUCGGCUGGCGCCGCGAACAGACCGGGGCCAAGGAAGGGUGUCAAAGGCUUCACGCGGAGCCUCGCAAGCAGGCUGAGGGGCAGACGGCCGAUUAACGACCUACCCAUGCCCUGCAUAUGCUGUCGCGAACUCUUUGCGACUGGCAGCCACAGCGUCCUGCACACGCUACCGUGCGGCCACAAAUAUUGCCGCGAUUGUCUAGCCGUCGUGAUCUCGCAGUCGCUGGCUGAUGAGUGCAAGAUGCCGCCGAAGUGCUGCACCGAGCCCAUCCCGAGCGCCAUCAUCAAGCUUGUUCUUCCGCGGGACAAGCAGCAGGAGUUCCUCAAGGCCGUUGUGCUGUACAGCACGCCGUGGGAAACGCGCAUAUUCUGCCCCAAGGCAUCCUGCGGCGAGUUCAUACCGCCGGCCACCAGGGUGGACCCUAAGCACCCGUCCGAGGUGCUGUGCGCCAAAUGCAAGACGCGCGUCUGCAUCAUGUGCAAGCGGGCCGCCCACCAGCUCGGCCAGGACUGUCCCGAGGACCACGAGCUCGAGAGGGUGCUCAAGAUGGGCGAGAAGUCGGGCUGGCGCCGCUGCUACAAGUGCCGGAUGCUGGUCGAGCUGGCCCAGGGGUGCACGCACAUCACCUGCCGGUGCAAGGCGCAAUUCUGCUACAUCUGCGGCGCGGUCUGGGACCCUGCUGUCGGGUGCCCCAACUUUUGCAACGGGGAGGAGGAGCUGGAGCGCCGGCGUGUGGAGGAGGAGGCGCGGCUGGCGGAAAUCGAGGCCGAGAAAAUGGCGCAGGAGAAAGCGGCAGAGGCAGAAGAUGCUGCCAAGCAGGAGGCGGAGAGGCGGACGCUGGAGAGCAGCGAGUUCCGGGCGCUGAGGGCGCAGCUGGAGGCUGAGAUGGCCCGCUUCAAGGGUUACGAGCAGAAGGUGCAGGAGGCCAUGCGGGAGCGGCAGUCCAUCAAGAAGCUCGCGCUCGUCGACAAGUUCUCCGACUUGACCGACAAGAUGCGCGACCGCCACGCCAGGACAGAACAGCACCUCGAAGACCGCCAGGUCAUGGCCGAGAUCGAGCUGCAGUCCCAAUUGGAGGAAAAGGAAAAGAAGGUCCGGCUAAAGCUCAAGUACAUGGAAGACUACUGCCACGGCCACGGCGCCGGGCCUGCCAAGGACCACGAUGAUAAGCGCAACACCAGCAGCGGCAGCACCGACGAAAACGGCGAGUGGCCCCAGCGGCAGGUCACGGAGCGCGACCUGGAGCAGCUGCGCCAGCAGUACCUCGUGCGCGACGGCAUGGAGCAGCGGCACCGGUCGCAGAUCCACGGCCUGCGCGAGAAGCAGGCCAAGAGCAUGGAGGAGCUGAUGGAACGCCACGAGCGAGAGAUGGAGGCGCUGCUGGAGCGCCGCGCCGAGGAGAUCGAGGACCUCGCGGUCGCGUUCGCCAACGAGGAGGACGUGCUGCAGCAGACGUUUGCCGAGCGCCGCGCCCGCCUGCUGCGCCGCUGGGAGUUGGCCGCCGAGAUCCUGCGCGUCGAGAUGGAGAGGCGCUACGGGAAGCCCUUUGCCGCCUUGGCGUUGCCCGCGUGGCCGGAGACGGCCGAGGACGGGGCCGGUGGCGGGGAGGAUGUGUUGGCCGCGGGGGUUGCUGUCGGCGCGGUGGACCAUGGCGGCGACGGAAUUGUGGGGGUUGCGCGGUAGACGACGACGUUCUCUUC